CUUAUGUUAUUAUCAGAAGCAGAAACACUCGAAGAAUUAGCUGAAAGCUUACGAGCUGAUCUGAACCAGUCUAUGUCAAAGAGUAAAGAAAAUAUAUUGUGGUUUUAAAAUGUUAAAAUUAUUAUUAUUGUUAUUUAAAUUAUAUACUAUGGCUAAAUUUAAGGAAAUUAAUAGUGAUAAAAUAUUUCAAAAAAAAAAAGAAAGUUAUUUUUGUAUAUAAAUUGUUUAAUUUUAGUUGGCAAAUUUCAAACAUAAUUAUUUAGAAGACAAAUCUUAUUUACGUUCAGUUAAAAUAUUUAUUAAUUAAGUAAAUAUAAAUAUAUGUAAAUUAUUUAAUAAUUAUUUUAUUUUUCUCAUGUUGUAUCAGUUAAAUCAAUAAUAUUUCAAGACUAAGCUGGUAAUAGCAGCAAUACGUUUAUUUCUCUAUGCUGCAUUUGUAUAUAAAUUAAAACUAUAAUUUACAUAAAUAAAUAUCUUAUUAGACACUGUAAAACAAAUGAAAAUUAUGUACCAGACAAUUCAUUUAAGAAUAUUAUGUAAUAUGCAAGAACAAAUAUUUGAUAUUUAUUAUUGCAAUAUGGUGCAUUACAUUAUAUUACACAUAACAACUAGGUUUUCAAAGUUUUGAAUUUGGGUUAAUAAUACUUUCAGAACAACAAAUACAUAUUACAAUAAAAUGAGCAUUAACAUGCAACAAAAAUGAUAACAUAUCUAUGAUUUCUGUAUUUAAUAUAAUAAUAUGCUAUUUAUAGCAGCAAUGAUAAAGAAUAAAAAAAAACUCAAUAGAAUAAUGGGUGUUACAAACAUAAACAUAAAAGUUAAUGUAAAUAAUACAAAUGAAUAAAUAAUUUACCAGUUAGGAAUGACAGAAAGGAAAUUAUGAUUACAAUUUACUUUGCAGGUGAUAUAGGUUUUUUCAGAGGAGUCUGCUUUAAUUGAAGAAUGAUAGACCUCAUGCGAGUCACAUCCUUACUAGCACGGCUGGACUUUGGAUUAAAAUCACAGAGUUUAGAAAUACGGUCCCAUUCAGUUCCUGGCUCGAUUUCAUCUGAUUCAGCAACAAAUUGUUUUUCUGCAUUUCUAGAUAAACAUAAAAAUUCAAUUAUCAUAGGUAAUCAAAAAGAAUUUUCAUUAAUAAUGUGAGGCAUCAUCAAUUUAUUUAAUUAAUUAUUAAAUUGUGUUUAUUACUCACAUUGCAGAUUCUCUAUUCCAAUGAAGCAUUUAGGAAAAAUAAUAUAAUUUAAAUGUAAAAAACUGCUCUUAUAAAAUGAGUAUUAUAUAUAUUAACUUAAUCUGUCUUGUUGAUUUUAAUACUAGAUUAUUAUAUUGGCUUAUUAUCAAACUUAAAGGUGAGAAUAUUGUUUGUGUUAACACGUUGAUGUAUUUUCAAUAUUUUAAUUUUUAAAUGAGAAAAGAUUAUUUUAAAAUUGUAAUACUUUACAUAUCCAUAAAUUACUUGAAAAUAAAAAUACCAAAAAAAAAUCUAACGUACAAACAUAGACAAUGUCCUUUAGGUUUAAUAAUAUACAAACACACCCUAAUGUUAAAACUAACAACACACAAUCGGUUUUCAUUCACAAAAAGUUUAAAUGUAACAACAUUAACCAAUUUUACAACAUUUACUGUAACACACAUACAGGCUGUUCUACAAAGAUAUACCCCUUGAAUAUCUCAAGAGAUAAUUAAUAUAAUCAAAUUUUUUCCAAGAUCAAAAUAGUCAUCUUAAAAUUUUCCAAUAAUAAAGUUAUUUUUUUAUUAAACAAAAAAUAUUUGUAAAGUCCUCAUCCCUGUGAGCAAUAUUAAAAAAAAAAAAAACCGAAUUUAUUUAUCUUUAUUAACUCUGGAGAUAUUUAAAAGGUAUAUCUUCAUAGGACAGCCUGUACAUAUACAUAAUCAGUCAAAAAUAGAAUUAAAUAGUGUUUGCUAAAACUAAAAAUAGUUGAAUAGAUAAAAAUAAUAAUUCAGAUAAAUACUAUUGUCUCUAGAAAUCUAGAUUUCAUUACCAAAUUCUAAUUCUAACUGAUUUCAGAUAUUUAUUGCAACAUGUAUAUUUAUACAGUGAUUCAUUUAAGUGGCUGUAUUCAUAUUAACAAUUUUUUUUUUGACAAUUUAAGAAACGAGCAGUUUUAAAAUAUUACAUUAAUAUUAUUUUUAGUUACUAAAAAAAAUGGAAAACAAACUUGGAGUUGAAAUUUUUGUUUUUGUCAAUCCAGUGACAGCAUAUUUAACUUUUAAUUUUAGAUAGUGAAGUACUAUUUGAACACUCUUAUACUGAGCCAACACACUUUUGGUGUUCCACUACUUUCCUUUGCCUAAACUUAAAAGUAGAAUAUCCUGUGAACAGGACAAUGGAAAUCAAAAAUGUCAACACCAGAAUUUAUUUGAAUUAAUACUCCAUCAAUGUGUAUAAAAUGUUUAGUAUAGGUUAUCAUUUUAAUGUCAAAAGUAGGUAGUCAUUUCACCCCACAAAUGAAUAUCAAUACAACAUAUAAAAGCAGUUUGUUUCUUAUGUAAAAAAAAAUUGAGAAAUUGAAUACUUUUCAAAAUAUUGAAUGUAGCCAUUUUAAUGGAUCGCUUAGUAGUUACCUGUUAACAUCUUUAGUUUUUGCGAUUUGUUCCUUAUGAAUCUUAUACCAUUCUUCUAAUUCUUUUUGGGCUACUUGCCGUAAUUCUUCUUUCUUCUUUUCUUCAUUAGCAUCUAUAGAAAUAAUAUGUUAAAAUGGUAAAUUUAAACUUUUAAAAAAUACUGUCCUAGGAUAAUGAGGAUGGGUGCAGUCACUGUUAUAGGUAAGAAGUUGGAAAAGUAGUAUAGGGGAAAUUUCAUGUAUAUCUGUAAGCAACAAUAAACCAUUUCAAAGAAAAAAAUGAUUAUAAGUAAAGUUCGAUUGAUAGUGUUGCUUUGUCAAUAAUAUAUAAUAUGUUAAAAUAUAGUAAAAUAAUCACAUAUGCAUUAUAUAUUUUCUUUAAUAAUAUUUGUUAUUAAUUUAUAGUUAUGUUUAAUUAUAUUUGUACCUAUAUUUCCGUUUUUUCUGUUUUUCCAAUUUAUUGGGAAAAUUAAAAAAUGAUCCCCCUUAAGUACCAUACCAGUCAAAUUUCCAUUUAGAAAAAGGUGCUAUCGUUGUAAAUUGGAGCGAAAUUGCUGGUAGGAAAAAAACAUAAACAUCAUUGUAAAACCAAUAUAUUCUUCACUCCACUCAGAGUUUAAGAGUACUAAAGGUGUGUUUUGUAUAUUCUCAUUACAUUCCUUGAAUGAAUAGUGCUAAUAAGUAGGUCACUAUUAUGUGUACGAGUUUGAAAGGUAGGAUGUAAACAUAGUACAAGGAAAUUUAGUUUAUAUACUCUAUUCAAUGAUAAAUAAUUCUAAACGGAGUUCAAUUAAAAAUUGUUUAAUAUAUUUAAAUUGAAAAUUAUAAUGAUUUGUAACUAUGUAACUAACUUGUAAAAAAAUAAACAAAUGAAUAAAUGAGUCACCUGGAGUAUUAUGAUAAGUAGAUUAUAUAACCGGUUUUGAAUUAAAAAUUUAUCAUCCGGAAUAAUAUCAGUCAAAAUGUAAAACGCAUCUGAAUAUUAAAAAUUAAAUGAAGGAAUACAUAGAAUUAGUCUGUGUCUAAAAAUAACCAAUUUUAAAUAAUCUCUCCAAUUAAAAUAAAUCAUUUCCGGUUCGUAAUAUUAGCUUUUGGACACAAAAGUUCCAAUUAGUUAAAAUUAGAAUUUUAAUGUCUCAGUCCAUAAAAAUAUUAAGUUAACAUUAAAUAAUAGUAGAAGAAGUAGGAAUUGUGCAAGAUGUUUCAGAGAGUAUCACAAUUAAAAGGAUUAAAAUAAUUAAUAAUGUGUACAAUAAAUAAAAUUAUCUUUUUACAAACCUAUAUUAUUAAAACGAUAUCGACAGUGAGUGAAAUUGUCAUUUUUUUCAAAUAGGACAGUUUUAUUGUGUCAAAAUAAUAUGUUAUCAUAAUUAUAGGUACCUAUUAAUACAACUCAGUUAUGAGAACUCUGUAUAUUGACUCUCAGUAUCUGAUAAUUUUGAAAGGAAAAACAUGAAAAUCUAAUAUUCAGUUCAUUAAAAAUACCUAGCUCCUUUGAAUAUCACUAUAAUUGGUUUACAAAAAAUAAAAAUAAAAUAAAAGAUGUUCUCUUUAUUAGUUAUCAUAUGGUAUAUUUAUUUUGAAAGCGUUUUGUAUUUCGAGCAAUGUAUUAAAUAUAAGUAAUUUAGUUUUAAAAUCAUUUGAGUGACAGCUAUCAACUAUGCACCUAAUAUAAGUAAUCAUAAUAAUACUAAUUAUGAAAAAUAAAUAUUAUAUGAUAAGAUAAUAAUGUAGUCAUAAAUAUUAUCAGAUAUACAUUUUAAUACAACUGGUUUCAGAAAAUAAAAAUCUAAUAAUUAUUAUUAUUCAUAAAUAAAAAAUAUUACCUUUUUCUUCUAACCGUGUCUUUUGUUCUGCUCGCCAUUUUUUUAUUUUCUCUGGUUCCUCCCUUUCAAUUUUUGAAGUAAUAAUUGGUGAUGAUGUAUCUAAUGUGGAAAAAUAAAAUAAUAUCGUUAUAUGGUAAUAGGUACACUAAAUAAUUAAAAAUAUUAUUUUAAUUAAUUUUUAUUUCUUUGAACAUUUUUAAUUAUUUAAUACACACCCUAAUUAUUAAUUUACUCACUGAGUUUUUUUGGCGAUACCAAUUUUACUGUAUAGACAUGUAAAAAAUACAGAAUAUUUUUAAAAUAAUUAUCUAGCAACUUUGUUGUGAUUGUCAAAUAUACAAUUAAUCUAUUAAUUUCUAUGUCUAGAAAUGAAAAUUGUAUAUACCCGCACAUAUUAUUUACAUAUCAUUGAAUAUUUAACAAAUUGUACAUAUACGAUAUAUUAUAGAUAAAUAAGUACAUUAAAUAUAAUUUAAUCAAAAAGUGAUUUGUAGAUAAAAAUUGAGGAAAAGGCAAACUAAAGAAAAUGUGAAUGGAAAUUAUUUGGCAAUUAUAAGUACAUAUGGAUUUUAAAAUGAUUUGGACGAUCAGAAUGAGAGUAGAUAUCCUAAUUGUGUGAGAUAAAGACUAAGAAGAAAAAGAUUGAAUAUUAAUUUAUUUUAUAAUUAAAUUAUUAUUAUAACUAUUAAUUAUAAAAUUUAAAAUAAGUUUGAACACAUGUCAUAAGUAUUUAAAAAAAAGAAUAAAACUGAAUAAUUUUUAUUUUGCUCGAUUAAAAUUUGUACAUCAUUCAUAACCUAACCUAGUCUUAUUUUUUUUGUGUUGAUAAACUUCUUUACGAGAAAUCUAGCUCCCAUAAAAAGCUUAAUAAGAUCAUUCUUGUAGUUAGUUUUGAUCUAGUUGGUGCAUUGGGAAGGCCUUUUCGAUUUUUCUUGACACCGUUGUGCCACUUAGCCAACAAUAUUUUCUCUACCUUUCAUGAAAAAACAGGAAUUUAAAUAAAUUGAUGCCAAUUCUAAAGCCAACUACCAUCAAUGUUAUGGGAAAAAAUAAAAUGUUAAAUAUUAAAAUUAAAAUAAAAUAAUCAUUAUUUUUUUUUUUAGUACAAAAUGCAUAAUUUUGAUACAGAGUUGGGAGAUGUCUAUUACAAUAAUGAAUAUAUACAACAUUUAAUAAGUAAUUUUUAUUUUUAUAUUAUGUAAUGUUGCACAAGCUAGAUUUAAUCUACAUUUAGAUUCCAACAAAAACAAUAUAUUAUGAAAAUAUCAUAAAUGUGCUAAUCUGAUAAUGUUAUUUACGGUGACAACUGACAAGUAACAUGUGUUUUGUUUAAAUUAAACACUCAUUAUAUUAUACAAAAUAUCAAAAUAUACACCCUAAUUGGUAACGGUCCAAUAUGCGACUUACAAAUCUUACUCAAAACUACAGAAAUUGUGUUGAUCUACAGGUUUCUUUAUUCAAUUUUAUUUUUGAUUUACAAUACUUACAAUCAUUUAUACUUGUCUUCGCUGUCCUCAGUCUGUAAUAUUAAGGGAAAUAAAUAAUUUCAAUGACGAAAAUUCUGAUAAAAAUGAAAUAGUAUAUAAAAUAAAAAUUAAGAAAAUUGUAUAGUAAGUUUAUGGGUUUUUGGAAUUGGUUGGAAAUGGCCAGACUUAUAAUUAGAAUGACAAUUUUUUAUCGUAGAAAAAUGGGACUGAGAAACUCUUUUCCCAAUUAUUAAAAAUGAAAUAAAAACUGAAACAAUAAUUUAUAGCCUAUCCAAUAGAGUGUACUUAACAUUAAAUCAUCAUGGAUAUAUUAAUCGAACAGUUCACCAUUCAGAACUUUUUAUUGACCCGGAACAGGAGCACACACCCAAAAAAUUAUAAAAUCCAAAUACAAUAUUAAAAAAAUGGGGUGUGUUCUUUACUAAAUAGAAAACUCCAAGAGGAAUGGUGGAGAUUAUGUCAAAAUCCAAAAACCAUUUUUGAUAAAUUUUUGACCGAUAUGACAAAGACAUCAAUACAGACUGAAACAAUAUAAUUAUUGACAACACUAAGUCGAAAAAAAAAAGAUGAGUUAAAUUUAUUUGUAUUUUACACAUUUAUAUAGGUUGUGUAUUGGACCACAAAUUAGUCUGUAGGUUGCAUAUUGGACGUUACUCCCUAAUUUGAUAAAUAACCAUUUACUUACCGUCAUCACUAUGUGUAGUUGUAAAACCAUUCGUUAAUCCGUUUUCUAUUAAGAAAAAAAAAAAUCGAAACAAAAAUAAAACAAAACUAGCAAACAAUAUAAAAAAGCAUCACAAAUAAAAAUAUAUAAAUAAUUAACAUUAUUUUCAACAAUUUACAACAAUAUUAGGUAAAAUUUUAUUUAACCAUUGGAAUGAAGGUUAUUUAUAUAUAUAUAUAUAUAUAUAUAUAUAUAUAUAUACACACACAGUAUUUCUAAAUGUAUUAAAAUAUUAUGAAAUUAAGAACUUUUUAGGUAUAUCAUUUCUAGUUUUUAAUGUAUUAAAAUAUAAAUAAAUGUAUUGUUUAAUCUCACACAUAAAACAAAUGACUACACAAACAUGCCAAGUACAUUUUAAUGGACAAUGCAUUAAAUAUAAAUUUAAAAAUUGACUGAAACAAAAAUAUCUUUAUUUUGCAAGUUCUACAAUUAAUUAUUUAUUCAAAGUUUUUAAUAAUAUUUAUAAUUAAAUUAUUAUUAAUGCUCAAUCAAUUAAUGCAACAAAAAUAUGAAUAGAAAAGUAAAUCUAUUAUUUAAUUUGUUUCUAACAAAAAAUAUAUUAAUAUUGAACCCCUGAGUAAUGAAACACGGUUCAUGAUUCUAACGGCAUGGAUAUUUAACAGAUUAAUAAUUUAAUAGGUUUGAUAGAAUUUUUAAUGGGACAAAAUAUCCUCAGUUCAGAUUGCUUCAUUUUAUACCCAACAUUACAAUAUAAAUACUCAACAAUAAAAUAAAACAAAUAUUAUAUAGAAAUAAAUAUUUAAAAAGUUCAUAAAUAUGAGUUUAAUAACAAAUGUGAACUCUUAAAACAUUCUUUAUUUAUUUACCUACCUUAUAUGUUAAAUAAACCAUUUGGCAUAAUGAAUUUACAUACAUACUAGUAUUUGAAGUUUAUAAUAUAAAUUUUAUUAUAAAAAUAAGUAACUAUUCAUAUUAAAUAAUAACAUAGGAGAAAUAUAAUUUAUCAUUUUAAUAAAAUAUUUAUAGAAAUAGGUAUUUUACUUAAAAUAUAUCUUAACAUUUUGGUUGAAGUCUAGCUUUUGGGUCCAAAAAAAUAUGUUAAAAUAUAGAAAAACCACUUCUAUAUUUUCUCUUUCUCUCCUUCACCUGAUUCACAUUAUGCAAUCAGAAUAUCAAUUUACCGAAAUGAUAUGCAAGAUUUCCUUUCACAUUAUAAACAUAAUGUAAAUUAUUAAAUUAAAAUAAAGAUCCAUAAUACAUAAUGUAAUAAUUAAUAAACUAUGUAUAAUAGGUCUUUAUGCUACAAACUAUUACACAAAAGUGUAAAAAAAACAUAGCGAUAAUACAGCUGAAGAAUUAUACAGUACCGCAAAAAACGGUCAGAAAAUUAAAAAAUCUAAAUUUUAACUACUUACAACUUAUUGAUAUUUAAGGUGGCUAUACAAAUCAAUAAUCUAUUGCUUUUCAAUAUUUUGUCAUUUUGACGCCACUGUAUUGAUAAUGAAAACAUAUAGUAGUCGUCAUAAGACAGACAUGUGUACAAAUUUUUGUAAAAAGAAAUCUCACAUAUUAAUGUGGAAAUUGGAAAAAUGGAUAUUCUGACUGCAUAAAGUGAAUCAGGUAAGGGAGGAGAAAAGAAAAUAUAAGGGUGGUUUUUUCGAUAUUUUGACUUCUUUUUGUUUUUGAACUAAAGAGCCCGACUUCAUCCUACCCAAUUUAUGUAAUAACCCAAUGCUUUUUUUUUUUUAUUGAAUGUUUAAUCUUACAACUCACCAUUUGCAACGUUUGUCAAUUGAUUUUCAGUGCUAUCAAUAAUUUCAAAACUGCUUCCUGAACCUAAUUGUAAAUAAAAUGCAUGACAUGCAAAAAAAAAAAAUGAAAAACCAAAACAAAGUCAAAAAAGCUUUACAACACAAGCGGGAGACAAUUAUAUUUUUGUAAUUAAAAUAUUAGCAAUUACCAUUUGAUAAAGUUUGUGUAACUCCGAUGGGAACAUUGGCUGUGUUGAGAUCAUCUUCUAAUCCAGCUAAUUGUGUUUGUUCACGAGCCAAAAACUCUGCAGCAGGAUCGACGUCUCCAUCGUCGAAAUUAUCACCAAAGUUGUCCAUUUCUACUGAGAAUGAAGAAUUAAAAAGUAACAAGGUGCCUAAUUAAAUAUUAUAAUAAGUACACGAUUUUCGGACAAAACUAAUUGACGAGAAAAGAGAUAAGGUAAAAUUACAACAUAUAAUAAUAUAAGAGGCGUUUCAAUAAUACAUUUUCAAUGGGUCAACGAUGACGUGUUAAAAUAAUAGUUAUCGACUUACGAUUAAAAUCUGACUUAUGAAAACGGGGAUCACAGUAAAAUUACUUUUUUUCUUUAGUAAUUUUAUCCAAAUUAAAGAGAUUUGUAAGUUUUGAAAAAUGAAAUGUUAAUUUAUAAUGUUCUUAUGUACAUGUAAGUUGCGAGCUAAUCCAAUAAGUUCGGAAAUAUUUUCCUAUGGUUUCCAUAAAGUUAAAUGGUUAG